UCGCGCCUACUUGGCCCGCGCCUACUCGGGCGUGUCCCAUUGUGUUCAUGCUUAAUCCUAUUCCUUGUAUAUUUAAUUGCAUUUUCCAUUCUAAAAAUAUAAAGGUGACGAAGAGAUUCUUAAGAUUUAUCAUCGACUUAAAGACUUCCCAAGUAAUACUGUAAGAAAAAAAUAGCGCCAUAGUGGCCCUGCGCCAUAGUGGGCUUGCGCUAUAGUGGCCCGCGCCAUAGUGGCCUGCGCCAUGGUGGGCUUGGCUUGCGCCGUAGUGGCCUUGCGCCAUAAUGGCCCUGCGCUUAGUGGUCGCGCCAUAGUGGCCCGCGCCAUAGUUUCCGUUUUCCUUAUUUUUAGAAUAUGUAUUUUUUGGUUUCAGUCUUGUUCGUGUUAUAGUCCAUUCACUGAAUAUGUCAACACAAACCUUACAUUAGCGAAUCCUUCGUCUAGAGAUGUUUACUUUAAAGUCAAGACUACAGCACCGAAAUUUUAUUGUGUUCGUCCAAAUUCUGGGAUUAUUAAGGCAAAGGACAAAGCACAAAUUAAUGUAAUGCUUCAACCAAUCGAUUCGCCUGAGAUUUUGGAAAGCGAACGAAGCCGCCACAAAUUUAUGAUACAGAGUGCAUUUGCUCCUGAUAAUGCUGAUUAUUCGACUAGUUCUUCGCCAACACCACCAGAACAGUUUUGGAAGGAAGUGGAUGCUUCUCAAGUUAUGGAUUCUAAAUUAAGGGUUAUCUUCCAGUGGCCAUUUGGAUAUUCUCCGGAUCAGGGGUUUGGAAGUGAUGCUGCUAAUUCAUCUGCAAAUCCAUCAGCUGCUAAAAAUUCGGAAAUUAAACAAAUGCUUCGACAACAGGCUGAAAAGCCGGUGAAUAUUCCUACAAUGUCUUCAGAAUCGGAAUUGUUUACUGCUGAUCCUCAAGCGGCUCUUCAAAAAGAAAUAGAAUUACGAAAAAUGUAUCAAGAUGAGAAAGCAAAUUUGGAAAAAGAAAAUUUCGCUUUAAUGGAAAAAGUUGAACAACUUGCUCGUGCUUCACGUUCGGUUGGAGCACUUACUCAACAGGACAGUGUUUCUAUUGUUCAAGCUGUAUUGUUCGUCGUGUUGGCUCUUUUGCUUGGGUUGAUCAUUGGCAAAUUGCUGUGA